AUGCCUGCAUGGGAAGAAAAGGGAGAUGCAGUGAUAUCAAAGCAUAAUAUGGGUUCUUUGAACCAUUUUGCUAUUCUUUCACAUUGCCUGGUGAUUAUUGUCCUCACUACAUGCGCUGCAAAGCCUUGCCCUCUGUCCGCUAGGACCAAACAUUACGUAAAACAAUGUCCAGAAGAUAAAGAAAGUACAGAUAUGAGAGCAAAGAUAAAGGAUUGUGAUAAGCUCGCAGGAAAACAGACUUGUACAAACUCAUCCAAAAAAUUCAAGUAUCACUGUCUUCCUACUGAUCUAUCUGGGACCCUAGUGGAAGUGUGUGCAGUUGAAAUAGACAUUUAUGGAGAAUGUGUUCUUUAUAACAACACAGUACUUCAAACGUAUGAAAGCAGAAUUUGCAGUCAAUCUUCGAGGUGUCCCAAAAUAUUUCUGUCUUCAGAAGCACACCUGUGUAAGUAG